AUGUUUUUGAAGGACAAACGAGAGAUUCCGUUGGUCCUGAAGAAAGUAAUAUCAUCGCCAGAUCUCCACCCCGUGGACGUCAGCGGGUUGGGUGUGGAAAAGUGUCUCCAGAUCCGCGGUCUCGUAAUAAUAGCCCCGGGGGAGGGUUUGUCAAGUUUUUGUUCCUUUUCGGGCUUAUGGAAUCCGUGUCAAGUCCGAGCCGACCCCGCCUUGAUUGAUGGAGUGUCCAAGGUUUGCGCUUUCCUCACUCUGUCCCAAGGCUGAAUCUUGUCUCACUCGAUUUCCACUUCCGGUUAGAAAUGCUGUUGUCCAAAAACGGCUAUAAAUUUAAUUUUCUUUCCUUUGUCCCUCGCGCAGAUUUGGUUAAUCCUUGUCCUCAGUCCUUAAGAGCUCUGGACGAUGUCAUCAAAAGUCCAAUUUGUUUUGUUACCCAAUUAAAGAUUUAUUUAUUUUCGCCGUCCUCAGUCGUCGUGUUAAAAAUUCAGUUUCUAUGGAACUGUAAUUAGAAAUAAAAACGUUUAUAAGCUUCCCAAAUCUUUUAAACGUCAGGAAAUGAAAAUGGGAGUCUAAUUAGCCAAAACAAGUGGCCAACGGGCUCGUUUUAACCACAUGGAAAAUCCAUUGAAAUUCCUGUUGACCUGACAAGUCUUCAAUCAGAUGCCCCGCUUUUCCUACCCUCAGGGCUCGGAUAUUCGGUCCAGUGAUUUUUCAUUUUUUAAUUCCUUUGCCCUUGGGAAAUGCCAAAUUUGCACCUGCCAAGACGGCCGAAAUUCGCUUUAAUCAGUAUUCGGCCACUUGGACGGUGGGAAUGGCCAAGAAUUCUCCCUUAAUCCUCUAAUGAAGUCCAACUUCAGAUGCCCCCUUUGGACGAGAUCUCGGUUCAGACCUUCAACGAUAUCAUCAGUGCUGGAGUCUCGUCGAAACUUGUCUAUGGUGCGUCGCAUUUUAACCGUUUCUCAUUCCCACUUUCAGAAGGUUCUGUUUGUGAUGCAUAUCCUUGUUGGAAUGAUGGCGUUUGUGUGGAGUCCAACCUAACAGACACAGGCUACUUCUGUAUGUGCAACAAGUUCUUUUCGGGCGAUCAUUGUGAUGUUCAGGUGAGCGCGGUCGUUGUUCCCGCAAUCUUAUAUUGCAGGUAUUCAACAAUUGCAGCAAUAUCGUAUGUCCCCCGCGUGCUGUUUGUUUCUCUUCUACCUCAUUAUGUGCUCCAAUCCGGGCUGCAAGUAAGGAAAAACAUUUUUCGGUUGGUCAGUUCAUAGACUGGACCUCGUUUCAUGUCAAAAACAUCCAAAACACACCCCAUUUCAGAGACGUUCCCUCGAUGCAUCUUCGAGCCCUGCAGAAAUGGCGGAUCUUGUGUGAUGUUCGAGAAUGAGAGUCCUUAUUGUAUAUGCCCGCCCAAUUUCCAUGGAUUAUUAUGCGAAUGUAAGUCGCCCGACCCAAAACAAUGAAAUGCGCUUACAGAUUCGCAUCGUGCCUCUUCUGAAGUCCCCAUGAAUUGGAAUGUUCUCCAGCUUUUGAUUCUAUUCGGAGUCAUGUUCUUAUUGGCUUCCGCGUUCCUAACAUUAUGUUACAACGGGAAUUAUAGUUGUUAUUUGAAUUGGAAACGACGCUACAAAUAUGAUAAAUGGAGUAUUGAGUCGGAUUUCCAAUGGUAUGAAUCAGAUGAAGAAGAAGAUCAAGAUCUCAUCAAUGGAGGGAGUAUCUAUCAUCCAGGUCAUAAUCUCAGUGCAACAGACACGUCGAAAAACUGCUUUGAACUAAAGUAAGUAUCACUCUGUCGGGAAAAUAAUGUGUAUUCGUCGCAUUGGAAUCCCCCAUCAUCGCUUCGCGUCGGCUAGCCGGGACUGGAGAUUCGGAUAUUUUGAAAAUCUUUUAUUUUUUUUGUCGAGAUCCCGUUCAUUCUCAAGCCAAAAAGUCUUGACAUGUCUGCACAGUACGCCGUCGUUCGAACAACUUGUCGCGCGGCGACAAGCAAAAUUCACGGUGCGCUACGACCCCGCACCGUGCAAAAAGAUUGUUUUGAAAAGGGUAAACACUGCACAAAGCCCGCCUAGUAUGUACAAAUUAUUAAAUCCGCGUCCCGACAUAUCGGGUCAGGGACCACUCGAGUCGCGACAACUCGGGUUAGGGUUCGAAAAAUUCGGGUAUAUUCACCACGCGGGUAUAUACCCGGGUAUAUACCCGAAAUCUCGGGUAUAUUCGGGUAUUUAUAAAAUUAGCCUAAAUUAGUCCAAUAUAGUACCAAUAUGAAGUCGUUAAUGAAUAAGUGGCAAGUUAUUCAUUAACCUAAUCAUGUUUGGAAUGAUUCUUUAUUUUCCCAACUACAGGGUGUUCCUAGAAUUAUGGAAACAACUAUUCAUUAAUAACUUUGUGCUCGGUGGUCCAAUCCAAAAAAUUUUUUUUGCAUCUUACAGGGAAACCUUUGAGUUUUUAGAAUCAAGAAAAAUUUUUCCUUUGAUCGGCGGAGACUCCGGUAAUCCUCCUUGAAUUCGGCGGAGUGCUUUUUUCACAAACGAGACUGCAAAUUGUUGUAUGUGUGAAGUAAAUGGGCGGGAGAGGAUUCAAUAGAUACAAUAUGACAUUUGUUUCAAAUUUUUUUCAUUCGGCGGAGACAUUUUUUAACCUCGGCGGACGAUUUUUCUUCGACUUUUGAGAGUCAAAAUUGGCUAAAACCAAAACGUAGGUAUUCCUGGUGGCAUGGCGCCUAAAUACGACUUAUUACGUCUUCGGCCUACUGAGAGAAGAAAAAAAGGCAAUUCGGCGGAGAAAUCGGCGGAGAAAAAAAUGAACCCAUUUUACAGCCUCGUUUGUGAAAAAAGCACUCCGCCGAAUUCAAGGCGGAUUACGGAAGUCUCCGCCGAUAAAACGAAACAAUCUUUUUUGAUUCUAAAAACUCCAAGGGUUUAUUCAAAAUGCAAAAAAAAAUUUCGGAUUGGACCACCGAGCACAAAGUUACAUUAACGAAUAGUUUUUUUCCAUAAUUCUUGGAACACCCUGUACAACAAACAAAACUAGUACUUUAACAAUCAAAAAGUUUAGCAAUCCAAUAUUUGGCAGUCAGAUUUUGAAUUUUUUUCCGUUUAUUUUCCUACUCCGGCCAAGUAAAUUUCAACCUUACUAGGGAAGUGUACAAACGAACCCUCACCAAAUGGCAAGUGAUAUACACCAUUUGAAAGCCCUUGAAAAAUGGUGCAAGACACCAUUUUCAUUUUUUUGCAGAAUGCCUUUCCGCGACGACACACUGUAAAUUAUAUUAUUUUUAGGUCAUUUCGCAACAAAAAUCUUUCAUUCUCUUCAGCGGAUAAAAAUCUUCGGAGGGGGUUGCUUCAAUAGUGUAGUGGUUGCUGAGCAGGCUGAUAAGCCAAAGCAAGCCGGGUUCAGUUCCCAGCUUGGGAAAAAUCAUUUUUGCGUUCUUACAGUUAGGAAAAUACUUCCGUUAAACUUUUACAAACGCUUUAAUUUUACUGGAAGACGGUCGGUUACGGUUAAAAUAAUCAAACUUACAUGUUUUUCAACAUCAAAAAAAGUGAAAAGUGGUUUUUCACAUUAUGGGUACUUAAAACCAGUAAAUAUCAUAGGUAAAAUGGUCUUACUAGCAAGCGCUAAACUUCAUAAUGAUCCUUAUGCUAACAUAGUUGCAUUCCGUACCAUUUAGCGUUUUGAAAUAACAUUUAUUAUGCCCCACAGCAGAUAUUGUAACUUUAAGGGACAAAUCAACCGUUUAUAAUUUGUUGCCCUGAGGCAUUCUGCAAAAAAUGAAAAUGGUGUCUUGCACCAUUUUUUAAGGGCUUUCCAAUGGUGUAUAACACUUGCCAUUUGGUGAGGGUUCGUUUGUACACUUCCCUAGUUAGAACCAAGUUUUGAGAGGCAAAAAAUAAAUUAUGACAAAAUGUCAACAUUUAUUGAUUUUUUAUGACAAAACUCGACUUUUUUUACAUUUUUUGAAUACCCGAAAAUUCCCGGCCUCUCGGGUAUUUGGGUGUAUACCCGGGAAUAUACCCCGGGUAUAUACCCCGUCCGAACCCUAACUCGGGCCAACGACAGUUCGGGUCAACGAUACGUUUAAUAUUUUCGCUUCGGGACUGGGAAAAAAGAAUUUUUUGGUGAAUUUGAUAAGAAAAAAAUUGAAAUGUUUUCGCUUUAUUUGCAUACAAUCAUUACGACUAUCUUCUUACUCCACUCUCUGGCAUUGUCUGUGUUUAAAUCCCGUGCUUCCAGUUAAAAACAUAAACAAUAGAGACGAUUUUCUUAUUUGCUCGUCGCUUAUGAACACUAUUUUCCUAAAAAAUUAAAAAAUAAUCCUCAAUUCUCCAAAAAAUCCUUUUUCCCAACUGCCGAACCGAAAAUAUUAAACGGUAUUGUUGACCCGAAAUGUCGUUGACCCGACCUGUCGCGACCCGAGUUGGCCCUGACCCGAAACGCCGUAGCGCCGUUUAGCGUACUCUCUCGGCGGCAAAGAUCGUUCAAUAUCUCGGGGGUUUCUGCAAAGCGCGAGCUAAAACUUUCAGGAAUUGAUACUUAGUCCAUGCCCGACGUGUGUGCAAAAUUUAAAGCAAUUUUGAGUGUCGCUCCCUUGUCAGUGAAAAAUUUUAAAUUCUUACGAUUGUUUAGCAAAAAUCUACAAAAAUUUGCCAAAAAAAUCUAACUUGACAUCAAAAUGAGAACAAUUUGACUUGACGGAAAUAACGGCAAUUUGACAACAUGACUGACGCGUCAAGUUGACGACUUACCAACGCUGUUACAAACUAUAAUAUUAAUUUUUUGUGCAGUUUAUAUUUUGAUUUCUUUCCAGAAAUAAACCGAUGAGGGUCUCAACAACAGCAGAAUCCUUCGUAACAUAUAGCGGGAGCAGUGGCGCGAAUUCAGAUUCUAAUCACAGUGCCAAUCCCGUUGAUCUGAGCCAGUAG